AUGGCAAAUGCACCCAAGCCCUCUCGGAGUGCGGGACGUGGUGCUACCAAAACAAAGUCUCGUACUAGCAGAUCGCGUGCUGGUUCGCCUGGUUCUGUUCGGUCGACAGUUUCUACGUCCAAGGCGGACCGCAAUCCUCAGAGCCUUGUAGCGAAGCUACACAAAGACCUGGGACAUUCUAUGACGAAAACCGCCCGGAGGCAAGAGCAUGAGGCGACACAUCGACAAUGUUUGGAUGUGAUGGACCAGAUUCAAGAAGAGUUUGAACUAGCUCUUGGGAAAAUGGACCAUGAAAUAUCCCUUCAAUCUCAGUCGAUGCAGCGUCUACAAGCGGAAAAGGCCGAAGAGUCUUCGAAACUACAGCAAGCUCUCGCAGCAAAAGACAAAGCCUUGGAAGAAAACCAGAGGCUUGAAAGAGAACUCUGCCAUAUCAAGCAGCAGCAUGAGUCACUUGACGCCGCCACGCAGGAUCAGAUCUCAAGGAACGAUAUUCAGCCGGCCUUGCAUCAGACGCACUGUGAGCUGGUGUCGGCGACCACUCGGCUCUGGAACACGAUUGACGCCCUUCAGAAUCGUAGACCGACAUCCUGCCUUCCCGGCUGUGAAGUAAUUCACGGAGCUUGGCCUGAGCAGGACGGUCUUUGUGGGAAUUUGGGUCAGAAUGCCCUACCCGGGUUCUCCGGAUCGAGUAACUAUUACCCGCUUGUUACUCAGCCGGCGGCAACCCCAGCCAACCAGUAUGAAUCACUUGUGUGA